GGGCGGGGCCGCAGCAACGCGGGGCUGGCAAGCGCAGAUGGCGGCGGUGCAGGGAGCCUGAGCGGGCGGGGGCCAUGAGCGCCGCCCGGCCCCAGUUCAGCAUCGAUGACGCCUUCGAGCUGUCCCUGGAGGACGCGGGCCCCGGGCCCGAGUCCAGCGGGGUCGCCCGCUUUGGGCCGCUGCACUUCGAACGCCGGGCCCGGUUCGAGGUGCCUGACGAGGACAAGCAGUCCCGGCUGCGCUACCAGAACCUGGAGAAUGACGAGGAUGGAGCCCAGGCCUCUCCGGACCUGGAUGGGGGAGUCAGCACCAGGGACCUUGGCCGAACUUCCAUCCGAAGCUCCCAGUGGUCCUUUAGCACCAUCAGCAGCAGCACCCAGCGCUCAUACAACACCUGCUGCAGCUGGACCCAGCACCCUUUGAUCCAGAAGAACCGCCGGGUAGUGCUGGCUUCCUUCCUGCUCCUGCUGCUGGGGCUGGUGCUGAUCCUGGUCGGCGUGGGACUGGAGGUGACCCCUUCUCCAGGUGUCUCCAGCGCCAUCUUCUUCGUGCCAGGCUUCCUGUUGCUGGUCCCGGGAGUCUACCACGUGAUCUUCAUCUACUGCGCUGUCAAGGGCCACCGGGGCUUCCAGUUCUUCUACCUGCCCUACUUUGAGAAGUAAGCGCCGCCGAGGCCACAGGAGUGCCCCUCAAACCCCCGCCCCGUUCCAUUCCCGUCAUCUUAAGGGCGAAGGCCCUCCAGGACCCUCAGAAGCCCAGCCGUCGGGUGGUUGCUCAGGAAGUUUGGGGCGUGCAGGCCUGGCACUGGGAAUGUCACCCCUCCCUCACUCUGUGCCUUAACUUAUUCGAGGACCCUGGGGCUGCUAGAUUGAUGUUAUUUUGUGCUAAUAAAAGGGUAAUUCUG